UUCUUGUCGGCGUUGAGUGGAGCAGGGCUGCUCUGCCUCUAUAUACAGUCGGGAGAGGAGAACUGAUCAAACGGGUAACGAUGGCACAUAUCCCGGGACUCCCAGUUACCGCAGUUGUGCAACGUAUUGAGAUUCAUAAACUGCGCCAAGGGGAGAACCUAAUCCUUGGGUUUAGCAUAGGCGGGGGAAUCGAUCAAGAUCCAGGACAGAACCCCUAUUCCGAGGACAAGUCUGACAAGGGUAUCUAUGUAACCAGAGUGAGCGAGGGGGGACCAGCUGAAGUAGCAGGUCUACACACUGGAGACAAAAUUAUGCAGGUGAACGGCUGGGAUAUGACUAUGGUAACCCACGAUCAGGCACGAAAGAGGCUCACUAAGAAAAACGAAGACGUGGUGCGCCUGCUGGUGACAAGGACAAAUCUGGAGAACGUUGUCCGGCAAUCGAUGCAAUAAGCGACUGGAUAGAGACCAAAACAAAUCCGUAUUUAUAACACAUGCAGAGGGUGGAGGUAAUAGAAAAGGUUAACAAGAAGUGGCACGUCACGUUGACAAAGGUUUCUGUUGAUUUUAUUUUAAAUUUUAAUGUCAUGCCUUACUCCCGUUUUGUGAUCUACCUGUUUACUAUGCAAACAGAACUCAGUUAGCCCUAAUCUAGAGCCACCUGACGCUACCUGAGUUAAACAAGACUAGUGCUAUUUGGGAAACCAGUGUGGUAUCAAAGUAAAACAGAAUUUAAACACUGUUAGGCAUUUCAGUGUGCUUUACAAAUGUUCCAAUGGCACAAUGAUACUGCAUGUCGACAUACACAGGGGUGCGGGGUUAGAACGAAUGAUUCCUUUUAAGUAUGACGUUUUUGACCAACUAAAAGUGCAAUAAGCAUUCGCGUGUGUUGUAAACACAUUAAUUCUCAUGAGCUUUAAACUACCAGAUGUGCUAGGAACAUAUAGAGGGGUCAUACUUUUAACAGUGUUGUGUUUUUUUUUUUUUUCAAUUUCAUACAUCCAUACAUAAUCGAUACCAAAGUAAAGGAGAGUCCCAGGUGCUAGUGGGAAGCACAGUGUGGGGUAUGGUGCUGUCUUUAUUAUCUAACCAUUCUUCGAAUGCCUUUUAAACUUGCUAUGUGAGCUAAACCCUAAGAGAAGGGUUUAGUUAGAGGGAACAUGUCACCAAGUGCCUUUAUUCCUUUUCCUUUAAAAGCCAUCAGCAGUCAAACCAAAAAUAGUGGGGGGAAUGGGGGCCACUCAAAAGGCGCGGUUUCCCAUGCUUUCUUGUACAUGUAGUUUUACACUGAAACAGUAUUAAAGUUACCUAAGCCAAAGUGCUAUCUACUUCCUGGCCCAGGGCUUGGGUUGCCAAGUCUUUCUUUCAAAAUGAUUGUAAUCCAGUUUAAUUAGGCUCUUGCUCAUGAGGAAAAGACGUCAUAAAGACCUAUUAGUCCCUUUGUGUAACUGACUGAAUGGGUGUUCUACCUGAUAUACAAUACCAAGCCAUAUUAUUAUAUAUUUUCUAUACGGUACCUCCCUUAAUUUCUUUAAAGAGCUUUUAAUCUGCGUUUGCUUUUCAGUAACUCUACCCACAGCGCUUCCUUUAAGACUGCAGAUAAUGUCAAUCAGGAAAUUUCUAACACUAAUUUGCAAGAAUUCCAACCGUAUUUACUCGGUUCAAUGUAUUUUUUUUUAUUGUAAGCUCUUUUGUUAUAACACUAAUUGUUCUGAUCUGUGUUAGCUAAUGAUUAUGUCCAGGAUAGCAGCUUGAUGCUGUCACCUGCCUAAUAACUAUUAGUCUUCCUGAUUUGUACUGCUGAAAGUAAUAACAAUUCUCAAAAAG